CCCUCUUCAACCCGCUUCGGCUUCCCUCUCCUCUGCCUGUGUGUCGGCCCGGAUCCGGCGGCGCAGCCACCCAGCGGACCCCAGAAAUCACACUUGUGUCCUGGGCAUGGGUGCUGCAGACUUAGGUGGACAAAAGCAAUCUUAGAAUUGGAACCCAAAGCCCAGAAUGGCAGAAGGGGACAUUGUGGGAGCCCCACCUGAUCACCUCUGGGUACACCAGGAAGGUGUCUACCGGGAUGAAUACCAGCGAACAUGGAUUGCGUUUGUGGAAGAGGAGACCAGUUUCGUUAGGGCUCGAGUGCAGCAGGUACAGGUACCCCUAAGUGAUGCAGUCAGGCCCAGUCAUCUCCCUCCCUCACAGCUACCACUAAUGUGGCAGCUGUACCCUGAAGAGCACUACCUGGAUAACAACUCUAGGAUAUGGGAGAUAGAGCACCACUUAAUGGUCAGGGGAGUUGAGGAGCUGUUGCUUAAGCUCUUGCCUGACGAUUAAUCUGGUGCUGGGAUUCUAGGAAGAUAUGUCCAUUUGUUGUGUACAUUAUAUGGGAAUCACUUCACCCAGCACUGAAGUGCAUCUACCUUUGGGGG